AUGACUGGGCCACCUCGCACGUGGCGAUCCUUGAGGCACCCCGGGCCUCAGGGGCUCGGAAACUGUGGGCGCCACAACACAUUUCAUUUGCGUACGGUUUCCGUUGCCGAGGCCCCACCACGUCGGACACACCAGACUUGGGCUGUACAGGACAUGGGGAUGAGCUGUCUGGGUGGGGACGGACAUAACUACAUGCGUACACACUGCGGCCAUUUCACCUCUAUGACUUCUACCUGUCGCCGCCGUGGGCGGAGCAACUUGGUGGACGUACCCGGUGUCACCUUUGGGCAACACAACCUGUCUACGACCGCCCAUGGAAGCACGUGUUCCCGCCGCCCCGUGUUCUUUUCAUUAGCGGCUUGCGCUCUGGCAGGGAAAGUUCCUCGUUGUAAAUCGUUUCACAACGUUCUGGUCCCGAAACCCGAAGUAUACGGGGGAUCACCUCCUGGCUGCCCAGCAGAUACCAAGGAGGAAUUUUGGGAACAAUUGAUGGACACAUGCAAUCAAAUAAAUGGAGAAGAGCAGUUAGUAAUUGGUGGAGACCUAAAUGGACACGUUGGAAACGCCCGGGAUGGAUACCCUCGAAACCAUGGUGGCCAAGGAUAUGGUACCCGGAACGAUGAGGAAAACCGAGCCCUGGACUUUGCGGAAGCCCAUGAUCUUGUCCUCGCCAACACCUUCUUCAAGAAGAGACCGUCCCAUCUCAUUACGUACGCCAGUGGUGGGAGAUCAACUCAAAUUGAUUUCUGGCUUGUCAAGCGGGAUAAGCUGAAAACGGUGACAAACACUAAAGUCAUACCAUCGGACAACAUCACCCCACAACAUCGCAUCCUGAUCAUGGACAUGAAAAUGGACAUUGGCCAGCGACAUCGCCCACCAACAACGGAACAGCAGCGAAUUAAGUGGUGGCGGAUGAAGGAAUGCAAAGAUCAGCUGAGAGUCGCCCUCAAUCAGAUUGACGUGAACACCAACCGACCAGCGAAUGCGAUUUGGGAAGAUCUCGCCGGCCAACUGUGCACAGCAGCAACGGAAGCACUGGGGCUAACUAAGCCGGCAAAACACUUCAUUGACAAGCAAAUAUGGUGGUGGAACGAAGAAGUUCAGCUAGCAGUGAAAGAGAAGAAGCUAGCUUUCAAGAAGUGGCGCAAAACGCUCGCAGAUCUGGAUUACCAACAAUACAGAAACUGCAAAUCGGCAGCGAAGCGAGUAGUAGCAGCGGUGAAAUUAGCUCAAUACGACCAACUGUAUGUCGAACUGGACACCCCAGAAGGUGCCAAUAAGAUCUAUCGACUGGCAGAGGCGCGCCAUCGUUCGACUCAGGAUAUUGGUCAGGUCAAAUGCAUAAAGGAUGAGAAUCACAGCGCUCUCAGAGACCCGCCCGCCAUCCUUCAAGGCUGGAGCGACUACUUCUCUGGAAUCUGCAACCAGGAAUUUCCCCACCCACCUAUUAUUAGCGCUGAACACGUCCUCGAUCCGGUUUCACCUAUCACCAUCACCGAAGUGGAACAAGCUAUCAAGAGAAUGAAGAAUGGGAAAGCGACUGGCCCGGACGAUAUCCCUGCUGAGGCCUGGAAGAUCCUUGGCAGGCAGGGUGCUGCCCUCCUUACCCAACUCUUCAGCACCAUCACGAGCACCGGUGAGGUCCCAGAAGCCUGGUCGACCAGCACGACGGAUCCAAUUUGGAAGGGUAAAGGGGCCGUGGCAGAAUGCUCGAAUUACAGGCCAAUCCGGCUCCUGUGUCAUGCGAUGAAGAUCUUUGAGCGAGUUUUGGACACGAGGAUUAGAAACAUCGUCACCCUAUCACCCAACCAAUGCGGCUUCGUCAAAGGAUGUGGCACUACGGACGCCAUAUUCGCGGCGAGGCUCCUGCUGGAGAGGCACAGAGAGAAGAACAAAGCUGUGCACGUGUCGUUCCUCGACCUUGAAAAGGCAUUUGACAGGGUCCCCCACGACCUCAUCUGGCACUCGCUUCGAUCCCAUGGAGUCCCUGAAACCUACGUGCAUUGGGUGCAACUCCUAUACAAGAACGUCACCAGUGCAGUCAGGUGUGCAGUGGGCAUAUCACCGCCAUUUCCCAUCAGCGUUGGAGUGCACCAAGGAUCGGCCCUGUCACCACUCCUGUUUAUCCUGUGCAUGGACACGAUCACUGCCGACCUGCACACGCCCCUGCCAUGGUCAAUUCUCUACGCGGAUGACGUCCUCCUCUCAGAUGAAGAGAGAGGAGAAGUGGAAAGACAAACGCGCCUGUGGAAGGAACGUUUGGACGAAAACGGGAUGAGGUUCAACAAAAAGACGGAGUAUAUGGAGUGUGGCCCCCAAACCGACGGCACCAUCAGCAUUGACGGAGAAGAUCUGAAGAAAGUGACGGACUUCAAGUACCUGGGUUCCACCAUCAGCUCAGAUGGUAGCAUCACGACUGAUGUGAGGUCACGAGUCAAUGCGGCAUGGAUGAAGUGGAGGCAAGUCACCGGAGUCCUCUGUGAUAGGAAAAUGCCGGAUAGGCUGAAGGGAAAAAUUUACAAGACCAUCGUCCGACCGGUGGCACUCUAUGGAUCCGAGUGCUGGCCAGCCACAACUGUACACGAACAAGCUCUCCACACCAUGGAGAUGAGGAUGCUCAGAUGGAGCCUCGGACUCACUCGAUGGGAUCGUGUCAUGAACGAAGACGUUCGGAAUCGACUUGGUGUGGCCCCCAUUGCGGACAAGAUGCUUGAGGCAAGGCUUCGGUGGUACGGCCAUGUGAUGCGAAGUGAAGAGUCAUCAGUGGCCAAGACUGCCCUGCACACGCCCCUGCCAUGGUCAAUUCUCUACGCGGAUGACGUCCUCCUCUCAGAUGAAGAGAGAGGAGAAGUGGAAAGACAAACGCGCGUGUGGAAAGAACGUUUGGACGAAAACGGGAUGAGGUUCAACAAAAAGACGGAGUAUAUGGAGUGUGGCCCCCAAACCGACGGCACCAUCAGCAUUGACAGAGAAGAUCUGAAGAAAGUGACGGACUUCAAGUACCUGGGUUCCACCAUCAGCUCAGAUGGUAGCAUCACGACUGAUGUGAGGUCACGAGUCAAUGCGGCAUGGAUGAAGUGGAGGCAAGUCACCGGAGUCCUCUGUGAUAGGAAAAUGCCGAAUAGGCUGAAGGGAAAAAUUUACAAGACCAUCGUCCGACCGGUGGCACUCUAUGGAUCCGAGUGCUGGCCAGCCACAACUGUACACGAACAAGCUCUCCACACCAUGGAGAUGAGGAUGCUCAGAUGGAGCCUCGGACUCACUCGAUGGGAUCGUGUCAUGAACGAAGACGUUCGGAAUCGACUUGGUGUGGCCCCCAUUGCGGACAAGAUGCUUGAGGCAAGGCUUCGGUGGUACGGCCAUGUGAUGCGAAGUGAAGAGUCAUCAGUGGCCAAGACUGCCAUGCGUAUUGAGCCAGAGGGCCGCCGUCCACGCGGACGUCCGAAGAAGCGAUGGAUGGAUCGAAUAAAGGAAGACAUAAAGACGGUCAACGCAUCCCCUGAAGAUGCCCUGGACCGAGCCAAAUGGAGAAGACAAUGCCGAAAAGCGGACCCUGCGCCACAGCGGGAACAACGCUAG